GCGCAGGACGAUGUAGUUACUAACAAUUAAAAUUUUACCUUAAAGCUCUGACCAGUAUGAAACUUUGUUUCAUUUAGACAUAACAACUGAACUUAGAACAUGUUUCUAAAUCUACUGUUGUUACAUAAUUUAUUAAUUAUCAUUUCUUUAGGGAGUUGUGAAGAUAUAUAUUGUGACAAAAAUGUGACCGAUCUCGUUACAGGAAAUCAUGUUGCCAAUAUGACUAGUUUUUGUGGGAACCAACACUGCAUACAUAGAUUUUGCAACAAUUUAGAUGACGUUUUGUUGCAUUUUGAAAAUGGCACAAUGGUGUGUCGGUCUUUAAAGGAAGUGGAAGGUGUGGUUAAUAUAAAAAUAAAUGUAUCUAAAGUCGGCGAAGUGUAUAGACGUGUCGGAAGCAACAUCACACCUGUAAACAAGACUUGGCGUGAUUUCAAACAUGUAAAAUUUCCGGACAACACUAACACAAACUGUACCAGUAAGUGGAUGCGAAAUUUAAAAAAAUCGUUGCUGUUAUACAUCUUGGAGGAUGGAUCCCUUUUAAAACAUUUGGUUCCUCAAAAAGUUGAUCUGGAACAAGGAGCGGAAUCAUUCCUAGUAGAAUUCAAAUUUAGACAACUUAAAGGAAAAUGGUUUGGUCCUAACCUUUCCUUCAGGUCCUUUACAAUAAUAAAGAACUUGAAUGAUGACAAAAUAAAACAGUAUUAUCGAGUAAUUGGUCUGCUGAUAUCCUGUUUCUUCCUGACGCUUAUUCUGGUAGUUUACUCCCUAUUUCGUCAGCUAAUGAACCUAGGCGGAAUGAUAACGAUGGCCCACGUGUCCACUUUGACGAUCGGCUUAUUCAUGAAGGCUAUGCAAAAAUUGUUUUGGAGCUCCAUGCCAAAACUUUGCCGCAUUAUCAUCACUAUUAUUAUGUAUUUCGGUUUACUAUCAAGUUUCUUUUGGAUGAAUGUGAUGUCUUUUGAUAUUUGGUGGACGUUCAGGGGUGAAAUUAAGUGUCGAGCGAUAAACCGACGCGGCAUUGUGCACAAGUUUAUCAUGUAUUCUUUAUACGGGUUCGGUGUACCGGCCACAAUGACUGCAAUGGUUGUGUUGGCCGAUAACGUCGACCUGACCAACACGUUGAAUAUCAUCAAACCUCUCUUAAGCACCGGUCUACAUGAUUCGAUCCGGGAGUACCUUUACAUUCCAAUCUCAAUACUGAUAGUGGUGAACGUCUUAUUUUUCACCGUGACUACUAUAAACAUAUGGCUAAUCAAGAGAAGCUUGCAUUCGUUAAAGGAUAAAAGCAAUAAGAAACACGAGAACAGGUACAGCUUAUAUUUAAAAUUGUUUGCGAUAACUGGCAUUAACUGGAUCAUAGACAUAGUAUGCGACUACAUUGAACCACCAGAUUGGUUUCAGUAUAUUUCUGACACGUACAACAUCUUUAGCGGGGUAGUCAUAUUUGCAAUCUUCAUAUGCAAAAAGAGAAUCUUAGUGUUACUAUCUAAAAGAUUUUCCAUAUUUGCUCUCUUGUCUGAAAUACUUGAACGAACAAAAUCCACUUUGAAUACGUCAGAACUAAAGAGCAACAAUGUUUCAGAAAGUAAACCCCGAAACAUGACGAUUGACAACUUUAAAACUACUGAAAAUCUUUAAAAAAUAAAAAUGUAAAAUGGCUCGAAUAAAGAAGUAUAUAUUUUAAGGUUUUUCUUUUAUA